UGCGAAUUCUUCCCCCACCACCCCCAUGACCGAUUUUCCGUUGCACUUUUCGUUUACUUUGAAUGAAAAAACCGCAGCCACUGCUCGCGCUUGCGCACUACACCCCCCGGACUUAUCAAAUACGUUAAUCUAAUCGUGCCAUAAACGCAGCCUGACAUCCGAUUUCGCCUCGCAAUCCUCUGACGAACUUUUAGUUUCGCAUCGAAGCCGCUCCCGCUCACAUCGAAAUAUAGAAAAGUGACCGUAGAUACAAAAUGACUUCGACUCUGCUGCCGGGUAAUAUUGUUUAUGGAGGUCCUGUGACCGAACGAGAGGCUCAGGAUUACAGAUCCUUGGGGCAGUACAUUUUGGAUAAGUACAAAAGCUUUGGCGACCAGACGGUGCUGGUAGAUGCUGUCAAUGGAGUGGACUACUCUGCCAGUUUCAUGCACAAGUCCAUUGUACGUCUGGCCUACAUCCUGCAGAAACUGGGGGUCAAGCAGAAUGACGUCAUCGGCUUGUCCAGCGAGAACAGCGUAAACUUCGCCCUUGCCAUGUUCGCCGGUUUCGCAGUUGGAGCCACUGUAGCUCCUCUAAAUGUAACUUAUUCAGAUCGCGAGGUGGAUCACGCUAUUAAUUUGUCCAAGCCCAAGAUCAUAUUCGCUUCCAAGAUCACCGUUGAUCGCGUUGCCAAGGCAGCCAGCAAGAAUAAAUUCGUUAAGGGCAUAAUCGCUCUCAGUGGAAACUCCACGCACUUCAAGAACAUCUAUGCCCUCAAAGAGUUGAUGGACAAUGACAAGUUUCAGACAAAAGCGGAUUUCACGAGCCCAGCGGCCAAUAAGGAACAGGAUGUGUCCUUGAUCGUGUGCUCUUCGGGAACCACCGGGCUUCCUAAGGGCGUGCAACUAACCCAGAUGAAUCUACUGGCCACCCUUGACUCGCAAAUCCAGCCUACCCUGAUUCCAAUGGCGGAAGUCACUCUGCUCACCGUCAUUCCCUGGUUCCACGCCUUUGGCUGCCUGACGCUUAUCACCACCGCUUGCCGCGGAGCCCGCCUGGUCUUUCUGCCCAAGUUUGAAGAACACCUCUUUCUCUCUGCCAUCGAAAAGUAUCGAGUGAUGAUGGCCUUCAUGGUUCCACCAUUAAUGGUUUUCCUGGCCAAGCACCCUAUCGUUGACAAGUACGACCUGUCCUCACUAAUGGUCUUGCUGUGUGGGGCAGCCCCGCUGAGUCGCGAGACUGAGGAUCAGAUUAAGGAGCGCAUUGGAGUACCGUUCAUCCGGCAGGGCUAUGGCCUCAGCGAGUCCACACUAAGUGUGCUAGUGCAGAACGAUGAAUUCUGUAAGCCCGGCAGUGUUGGAGUCCUUAAAGUGGGAAUCUAUGCUAAGGUAAUUGAUCCCGACACCGGCAAGCUACUGGGAGCCAAUGAGCGGGGAGAACUGUGCUUCAAGGGCGAUGGCAUCAUGAAGGGCUACAUCGGGGACACCAAGUCCACACAGACGGCUAUUAAGGACGGCUGGCUGUAUACCGGUGACAUUGGCUACUACGAUGAUGAUUUUGAGUUCUUCAUCGUGGACCGUAUUAAGGAACUGAUCAAGUACAAGGGCUUCCAGGUUCCGCCCGCUGAGAUAGAGGCUUUGCUGCUAACCAACGAUAAGAUUAAGGACGCGGCGGUUAUUGGAAAGCCGGACGAGGAGGCUGGCGAGCUGCCGCUGGCUUUUGUAGUGAAACAAGCUAAUGUCCAGCUGACAGAGAACGACGUAAUCCAGUUCGUCAACGACAAUGCCUCGCCCGCCAAGCGCCUGAGGGGUGGUGUUAUCUUCUUGGACGAUAUUCCAAAGAACCCCAGUGGCAAGAUCCUCCGUCGUGUUUUACGCGACAUGCUGAAGAAGCCAAAGUCCAAGUUGUAAGGGGAUCGCUCCCCCUUUGGGUGUGUGUACAAACAAUUUACUAUGUGUAUGUUUUAUUAUUGCUAAACAUUGUUUUAUAAACUACCAACUGGUUGGGUUUCGAUUUA